AUGGCAUUUGCACCUCCCAAAAACCUGGAGGGCCCCAAGAUGCAAACCAAGAUGAGUGCCUGGACUCCCCUGAAUCAUCAGCUCAUGAAUGACAAGGUAUUUGAAGAAAGAAGAACCCUGCUGGGGAAAUGGUUUGAUAAAUGGACAGACAUUCAGAGGCGAAGAGUCCUGAUGGAUCUGUUAGAGUGCUGUUCUCUGUCACAGUUGAAGUUCUGUGUCAAGCAGCUGCAUGAUCGUGUGCCAGUUGAAGCUCUGGAUUUCACUGCAAAGCUCCCCAGGCCGUUGUCCCUGUACAUCUUUUCUUUCCUGGACCCUCGGAGCCUCUGUCGAUGCGCCCAGGUGAGCUGGCACUGGAAAUACUUGACAGAGUUGGAUCAGCUUUGGAUGCAGAAAUGUCUGCGUUUUGGGUGGUACAUCAACUUCUCUCCAACCCCAUUUGAGCAGGGAAUCUGGAAGAGACAUUACAUUGAAAUGGUGAAAGAGUUCCUCGUUACCAGGCCUACGACCAUCCCGAAACACGACUUUGUGGUAUUUGAUGUUCAGCCAGUAGCUAAAGAGACCCCUGAGGCGAAACUGUCCUUGUCCUCAAUCCUUCAAUUAGGAAAGAAGAUGGACAAGGAGAAGAGAGGGCUCCCCCCGUGGCGUUCUUCAGAUAAGCAUCCGAUGGACAUCAUCAGAUUCAAUUACUUGGACAACUAUGAUCCUAUUGAGCACGCGAGACAAGCCAGAAUAAAAGGAGGAGGGCUAACCCCAGACAUCAGCCAGCAAGCUUUUCAGAAAAAAAGGAAACCAAGCAACGGAACAUACAAACUCCGGAAAGCAAAGUCAUUGAUGUCCCUCUCAGCAGACCUUGACUCAUACCCAAAAGUUCCAGUUCGCCCAAGCUGGGCUACUCAGCAGUCCACUGGCUAUCCUGUUACCAAAACAACGGCAAAGCUCCUUGCCCAAAGUGCCCAGUGGAAUGCUGGGAUACGACCAGCACCUGUUCGGGGUCCAGUCCCAAAGCUGAGCAAGAAGGGGAAGAAGGCUUUUGCAAGAACAACCAGAAGCUCACCAACAUCACCGCUCUUUGAAAGCCAACCUUGGGAAGUUCCACCAUCUAGCCGUGUUUCUGAUUCAGACUAG